AUGGAGUCGAGUUUCUAUGUCAUAGAUCCUGACGGAGACCUUCUCCUGGUCCUGGAAGAACGCUUUGGCAAGAUACAUCUGAAUGUGAUCAAGACAGAAUUAGACGCAGCAUCUACACCAGGGACUCUGGUCCCGAAUGAGGAACCGGGCGAUGAAGAGGCCAAUGGCAGCAUUGCAAAUGGAAGACAACAACAGGUUUCACUCAGAAGCUCUGCUUUAAUCGACGCUCUGCUUAAUGGCGAUACGCACAUCUGCGAGGGAAGAAUCCACAAGAUCAGAGUCCUGGUCUCCUCAAAACAUCUGACACUGGCUUCCAAAUACUUCCACGAUAGACUUAACGCUAUGCUGGACUUCAGUGAGAGCGAUGUGAUCCCCGCCUGUGCCAGCGAGAGGGACGCACUGCUUAUCUUACUGGACGUAUUGCACUGUCAGACUCGAAAGGUGCCGCGAUUCAUCACUUCCAGAAUGUUGUUUAUGGUCGCAGUUCUAGCAAACCAUUACGGUUGCGUGGAGGCAGUGGAGGCCUUCGCAGAAGUAUGGCUAGAUAAUUUGAAAGAUCAAGUGCCGAACGAGUACACGGAUGACUUGCCUCGAUGGAUCUUCAUCUCCUGGGUUUUUCGGGAUGGUGAAAUGUUCCAAGAGAUGACAAGCAUCGCUGUGCGAGAGAGUAUCGGCCCCAUGCCUUGCCUGGCUCUCCCCAUGAUCCCAGACAGCUUAGUGAGUGAGUAUAUUCGACACAGUGUAUCGAGCCACACAGGCUUAUAUCGAUUGAUUGUUGAAACAGGAACCAUAGAGAAGAUACGCCAGGAUUCCAUUGGGAAUCUUGUUCGGUCGCUUUACAAACGCACUGAGUCGGUUCUGCACAGCGGAUCCUGCUGUGAUGACUGUGACAAGAUGAUCUUGGGAACCCUCAUACGACACCUCCAGAUCCAUCAGCUUUAUCCUCCACCAAUGGCUCCAUUCCAUGGCUUCAGCGUGCACCAGUUCCAUCGAUUCCUUAACUCAGUACCCCGUCCACGCUGCAACGAGUUGAUUCAUCCUGUCAAUGGUUGCUCAGAGACCUGCGAGCUUCUGCCGGACACUAAUCGCGUCUUCUACGAUACGUUGGAGGCCACCGUUGGGUUGAUGUUCAGCGAGGUUCUUUGA